AUGUCCCUGCAGGCUGAUUUUGACAGGGUAGCAGAAGAUGUGAGAAAGCUGAAGACAAGGCCCACUGAUGAUGAACUGAAAGAACUCUAUGGGCUCUACAAACAGUCGGUAGUUGGAGACAUCAAUAUCGGGUGUCCAGUACUGUUAGAUUUAAAACGCAAGUUUAAAUGGGAAGCAUGGAACCUCCAAAAAGGGUUGCCAAAGGAAGAUGCUAUGAGUGCCUAUAUUUCCAAAGCGAAAGAGCUGAUAGAAAAGUAUGGGAUUUAG